AUGGCUGAUUUGUCCACGAGGCGGUUUUCGCGUGGAGCGUGCCGCGUGCCGCGUGCCUCGUGUCAAGAUGGUGAAAGGCAUGGUCUUAUGGCAGUCGGGCCCGAGCCUCUUUGCGAUUGGUCGAGAAUGUGUGAGUUGCCUGUACCAAUUGGAGAGCAGAGCGUCGGCUCUUCUGAUUGGCCAGCCAGAGGUGAGCCGAGAGUCGUUGGCGCCGGUCAGAGCAAUUCUGCAUGCACCCCUCCG